AUGACUAAUGUUGGAGCAGCUCACAACGUCACCGUUUUAGGCUCCGGGGAGACCACGGUCGUCCUUGGCCACGGCUUUUACUCUAACCAGUCAGUGUGGAGGCACUUUGUCCCGCACCUUGUGGACGAGUAUCGAGUGAUACUCUACGACGACAUGGGGGCCAACACCACCGACCCCAACGCCUUCGAUUUCCAACGCUACUCCACAGUAGAAGGCUUCGUGGAUGACCUUAUCUCCAUUUUGGAGGAAUUCAAAGUCGAGAGGUGCAUUUUCGUCGGGCACUCCCUCUCUGCCCUGGCCGCAGCCUUAGCCUCGAUUUCUAGACCCGAACUAUUUCGUAAGCUCAUCAUGAUUAACACUACCCCAAGGCUAACUAACGCGGAGAACUAUCACGGAGGGAUGGAGGCAGAAAAGUAUGACCCGCAAAUGGCCGCAAUGGAAGAGAAUCCCACGGAAAUGUAUGAGAGGUUUGCCCCACUUGUGACGGGCUGUGACCCCAACUCGACAGCCGUUCACGAGUACACUCAGAAUGUAUUGAGCAUGAAGCCCGACAUCCGUCAACACAUUAUCUGUUUGCUUGGCCGGCUCGACUUGAGGGCGUGGCUCGGCCAAGUCACAAUCCCCUGCCAUGUCAUUCAGAGUUCCAAUGACUUGUUGGUGCCGGUGGCGGUUGCGGAAUACAUCCAUCGAAGCCUUGGCGGGAAGUCCGUGUUGGAGGUGGUGCCGACCCAAGGUCACCUUCCGCACCUCAGCUCGCCGGAGGUCAUCAACCCGGUGCUGCUCCGUCACAUAAGGGAGGAUAUUGUGGGUGAAGAUAAGUCAGAAAAAAUUGAGAUGGAAGUUUGA